AUGUCCGACACAGGUGAAGGGAAUCUAUACGAGCCUCUCAAACCGCCUUUUGAGGGCCUGACACCUGACAAUCGUGGACCGAUCGCAUUGGCAACUGCUGCUACAAUUGUUGUCAUUACUGGAUUGACCGUGGGCGUCAAGCUAUGGACUCGACUCGCUACGAUUCGAACAAUGGGCGCCAAUGACAUUGCAAUACUCGUCGCUAUGACCAUAUGCAUCGGGCUUGCUACAGAUAAAGGGCUGGGCCGACAUAUAGACGCAAUACCAGCUGCGGAUCUUCCUGGUCUUAGCAAGACCUUUUACGCUUCCAACAUUCUCAUGAUCUUGGCGAUAGCGGGUGCCAAAGCCGCUGUGACCCUCUUAGUGAUUGCCAUAAAACCGCUGAGAAACGUCAUGUAUGGCUGCUACGGCAUGCUUGUAUUCAUUGGUCUGUGGACUGUGGCCAGUGUAUUUGCUCUGGCUUUCCAAUGUUCGCCGAACCGCUGGGCACUCGGUCCAAGUGAAAGCGAUACAUGCGUCAAUCAGUAUGCAAUGCAGGUCGCGAUCAGAAGCUUAGAUAUCGCUAGUGACGUAGGAAUUGUCCUACUUCCAGCGCUCAUGAUGAGGACGGUGCUUGUCAGUCGGGACAAGCGAUGGAUGGUUAUCAUGCUCUUCAGCUUGCGCCUUGCGACACCAUGCAUGACCGCUGCGUCGAUCGUGGCCUUGGAUGACUUUUAUCACUCGGCUCCACAAGAUCGUACUUGGUUUGCGAUUACCCCUUCCGUAUGGACUUCUGUGGCCAUGAACGUAUCGAUUGUGACUGCCUGCAUCCCCUCCAUCAAACGUUUCCUCGCCGAUUGGGCAUCAGGCCUCAGCAAUGUCGCCAUCUCCGAGCCAUUUGAGCUCGAGCACUCUGCUGGAAAGAGUGGUGGCUUUGGUAGCUACGCACCAGGCAGUGGCAUGGGAAGCAAGAUAGCUACAAGACUUGGGCUCUCCUCUACCAGCAAGGCGCAGGUUACCUCACACCUGCAAAGUGUUGAUAGCCACCAUGAAAACAACCACAGUCAGCUGCAUGCAAACAACAAUCGAGGUGUUAGUGUCAAGGCAAAUGAUCCAAAUGAUGCCUCGGACAGUGUGAAAGGUCUCACUGAUGGAGUCAUCAUGCACUCCAUCGACUACCGAGUCGAGUACGAGGAACAAAAUACAGAUCAUCGGGACUGGCACAGCAGCAGUAGUAAUGACAGGAUUUGA